GUUGACGAGAUGUCUCGCCUUUGCACUCUUCCACUUGCCACGUCCACACCUGUCAGUCGACAAAAAAGCACCAAAGAAACCCUCAAGCCAUGGACGCCAUGAAGGACAAAGUCAGUGACUUCUUCAACCAUAGGAACAACUUGGAGCUCGUCCUGCGCGUCGUGCAAUGGUUUGUCGCGGUAGUGUCGUUCCUGUGUAGCACGGCCGUCACAGGGGUUGGCGCCGGUGACUUUGCCUUCCUGAUGACGUACACGCUGUGGGUGUACACGCUGCUGUACAUUGUACUGGUGCUGCGGCAAGAAAAGCUGUCGCUCCUUCCGCUGCACAAAAUCUUCGUGGACUGCGGGUUCACCCUCAGCCUUUUUGCGGCCGGCAUUGCGGUCGCAUGCAGCCCAAUGAUCCGAUAUUGUGGUGGCGGUGGCUGCGGCGCGGCCUAUGCUUGCGUCGUUUUUCUGUUUGUGGGCUCCCUGACCCAAGGUGCAUCAGUCUAUAUUACGUACACCCAAGAAUACCGCCACCGUUCGUCCGACGAGUUUGCGAGUCCCCCAGCUGCUAUUCUUCAGGCGUAGAUUAUAUAUUAACCAUCCGAGCGGGUUAAUUUGAUCGACCCUUCCAUCUCGUUCAGUUGGCUAGAGCGUCACACGAACUUUGGACGGCCAAUAUCAC